UAUAGACAGAACUCGAACUUAACGAAGCACAGUAUGUCAUGUUAUUGUUUUGAUAAAAUUUUUGUAGCUGAAUUUUAUUUGGGGAUCAUAUUUACCUCGGCCCAACCAACAUAAAUUUCAACAAGGAACUUAGUUAUAAACAAUGACUAAAAACGCAGUGGAAACAUCCAGUAACAAAUAAUAUUUAUGAGAAAUUGGUAUUCUGGUCACAACUUUAAUCUAGUGUUGGCGCGAAUGCUCAUGCACUUUAAUUUUCGCGUAUCAUCCGCGCCAGGAAAAUAAACUUUGUGCUUUUUGCAUCAUAAAUUGUUUCAAUAAGUAACCAACAUUUUUGAUAUAUUGAUGGAGAAAUAUUUGUUUAGUGACAGUAUGCAUAAAACAAUAAUAUUAACUUUCAACCUUAACGUCCUACUUUUUGACUGCUCUAAACUAUCUGGAACCAACAUGAAUUUAAUAGCAUGAGGCAGGUAUGUCAGAUGUUUAUCACAGUGGCAUAUAUACAUUCAGUGAAUCCUAAAUACAAUUAAAAGGAAACAGUUUGUUUAUGUUUUGCGACAAAAUACAGUUCCAAACAGUUUGAUCGUUUACACCUAGUAAAACAUCUUUGCGACCUCAGAAUUACAAAAAAAUGGAAUGAUGCAAUUCAAAUAAUAUGCAAUUUUUGAUAGUGCUGCUAUGCAUAAGACGCUAUGUUAAUAAUAUGUCAAUAAUAAUCGCAUUUGAAAAUAAGAUAAACUUUUAACUUAUCGCAGUUUAAAAUUUAACCUAUAGUUUCGAUAUUUUUUCCUUCAAAAUUUGAACAGCUUGUCUUUCACUAUACUGUAUUCAAGCACUAAACGCACCGGUGCAGUAUGGAAUCUCUUGAAAAAAAUUCUCUUGCUUUUGCUCUCUCAUACUAGCAAUAAUUUUGACAGAAAGCGCAACAAGUAAUUUUACGGAAAAGAGCAAAGAAAGAUGGCCCCUUGAUUGAUCAACAGGUAUUCGGUAGUUGAUUUUUCGGUUCUUGUUUGUUAGUUUUCGACCAAAAAUGUAGUUUUUCAGCUGCAUUUUAUUGUUGAUUAGUGUUGCUAUAGAAUAUUAGGUGUGAUGCAAGAAAAAGUGUUCGGUUUUCAGUCUAAAUCGGUUAUUACGGUUGUAUAGUUCGAUGUUGCUCUCAAAUGUAGUGUUUAUUACUGUUUACGCUUCGGAAAAUGUUAACAUUGCUGAGCGAAUUACGCUUCUGGUCCAACAAGGAGGACAUUAUCAUCAAGGACAGCGAUCUUGGAGCAAUCAAGUAUUUAGAAAAAAAAACUGAAAACGCUAAAUCAACUUAUUCGGAAGGUAAAAAGCUCUACUUCGAGUCGCGGGGUUUCAAGUUGAACGUAGAUAACAAAAAACCAAACAAGCUCCGAAAUGCGUUACGGAUGCUUGAAGAGGAAUUGCGACAAAAGAGAAUCGUUUUUUGCAAGUGGAAAAACAAUGCUAUACUUCAGAUUAUGCUGUCCAAUGGGUUACUAAUUCACGUUUUAAUUAAUCCUUUCAACGGAGAUAUCAGUCGGAUUUAUUUUGACAAAUAUUUUAUUGGUAAAAUUAUAUCGGAGCAGAUCACAGAUGUUAUCAUUACUCAGACGCAUAUACUUAUCUCUUACAAUGAGAAUCAGAUCACCUUUGUGCAUCUGCAGAAACCAACACCGAAGAAAAACAGUCUUGAAAAAAUUGGUCUAAUGGAUCCAAAGAUUUAUAAUGUCAUCAUAGGAGGACCGACAACUAGGAAAAUACCUAAACAUCUUGUAUGUAGUAGCUCACACGAUCUAGUUAUUGUGUGGACGAAAUCCUCCCAAAAUGAAGUCUAUCCUUGGCGACCCACAAUUAAGGAUCAAGAUCGAGCAAACCUUCACGUGUACAAAUUAAACGGAUCUAAAAUGGAGUUACUCUGUUAUUACUGGACAGAAUAUGAUCCAGUUUCGGUAGAUUUUUCACUGAUGAACGGCUUUCAAGUUCACUCUGUCGAGCAAAAGGUGUCCAAGAAAGGAGACGUCACAAUUGAUAGUUGUAUAUAUCAAAUUCACAAAACUAAAAUGCGCCGAGUAGCUGUGACUUCGAUCCCUUUGCAAACACAAGUCUGCUGCAAUGCUUUCAGUCCUGAUCAUGAAAAACUAAUGCUCGGCUGUAUCGAUGGAUCAGUUGUACUGUUUGACGAAGGUCGAGGCAUCACACAUCUUGUAAAAGCAGCAUUCAUUCCAACAUUUGUCUCAUGGCAUAAUGAUUCGUCAAUUGUGAUGAUUGCCAAUGAAAAAGCCCAAUUCCAAUGCUUCGAUAUUGCGCUGUCCUGCGUGAGGGCACAACUGGCUAGUGAAGAUGUUGUGCCAUCUAGCAUCCUGGAUUUAUCCAACUAUUUCUCCCAUCCAUCCAAUCUUGCCAAACUAUGCUGGAGUAGAAAGCCGGAUAUAACGGAACACUGUGAAAAGUAUGCCGUUACGGAUUCAUUUCUACUGCUUGCAUUCGAAAAUGGUCCCAUUGGGUGCCUGCGAUUUAUUGGCAGUACAGGCUUGAAAGGUGAUGUGCAUACAUCUGGCUUGACAGCGGACGUUCUGAUUCACAAAUAUAUCUCUUUAAAUCAAGUGGAGAAGGCAAUCAACAUUCUGCUCAGCCUCAACUGGGACACAUACGGAGCCAUGUGCCUUCUUUCAUUACACCGUAUAGCAAAUUACAUUUUUAAGCAAGUGCUUAGCACAGAAAGAGAACUGCAGCUGCAAAAAGCUCUUGGCAGCUUCCUGGUACCUGUAAAACCUUUAUGUUAUGAGACUGAAGUGGAAUUUGGCGACCAAGUUAACGAUAUAACCUUGCGGUUUUUCCACUAUCUGUUGCGCAAUAAAUCAUAUAGUAAAGCAUUUCAGUUAGCGAUCGAUAUAAACGAUGCAGAUUUGUUUCUGAAACUACACGACAAAGCUAAAGCUGACGGAGACUCAGAACUAGCGAAAGAGGCGAUAAAAAAAGUCGAUGAUAUAAACCGAAUAUGCACCGAUCGCAGCGAUAGUGAACACUCGUUGUGUUCGCAUUCAUCGUGCUCAUUGUGUGCAGAUAGUUUCGAUGAUGAUGACAAUGAAGAGGAAGAUGAAGAAUCUGAAAAAAUGGUUCUACAAACACCACCGCGUACUGCAAAAACAUCCAGUCAAGACGCGACGAGUUUCAAAUCGUGUUCUACGUCUUCCAGCUCUUCAAAGUCGUCUCAAAUUCGAAAUAGUAGCCCAAAGCAUCCACCUCUGCCAAAGACAACCGAGAGUUGCAGCAGUGGUAGCAUUAAAACGAGGACGUCUACUGCCAAAAUUCGCACAAAAGCUGAAUUUAGCAAUGAUCGGCCGCCUUUGCCAUAUGUGCCUAAAAAGAGCCCAACAACUGUAAUGGAACGCAGCCAAACUGCAACGGCCUUGAAGUUAUCGAAGCAACAGCAUUCUAAAGUUGCACAAACAAAAUUGAAAGGAAAAUCUUUCAGUUCGAGCAAUUUACUUUCAAUCGGAGAUAAUACAUCUCCGUAUUAUGGAUCUCCCGUCCAACGCGGUAAUGUUAGAAAUCGGUUAAACCCUCGCGAAAAAGCUGCCAAGCUGUAUUCUUCGGCAAUUGGUAGCCUAUCAAUGGAGCAGCUUGAUAUAUCAUCAAGAAACCCACGGCAGCCUUUUUUCGUAGACUUCGUGGAUAACCCAGCAACCCCUCGACCUCCUCCUAACGGACAACAUGUGGUGAUAGAUGUGAUUCCUAAGCCACUCGGAUCGCUUCCAGCCUCCAAUGUUUUGAAGUGUCCGCCAACUAACAUACUUGAUCAAACAAUCGGGAUUCCUAUAAUGCAAGAUGAACCAGAUUUAGCACGACGCCCUCGGAAACCUUGGUUUACCUCGCAGACGCAACCUCAGUUCAGAAGUAUUCCUUCGAAUAGCUCCAGUGCAAAUGCCAAUGCUCCUCGCACAGUGAUUCAUCAAUAUCCGCUGAUAUCUGGAAACAUUCCGUCCAAAUCACAGUCGAAGUUCCACCACCAGCAGCAGCAGCUGGAUAUCAUAGAUCGCACACGUUACCCGACACGACGAAAGGAACCACUUGUUACGGCUUCUAUUCUCUCCAACAGUACAAACUCCUCACUAUCGACUAUGGCUGGACCAUCAUCAGUCAAUUUCCUCCAGCAGCAUCAACAAGUGGGAGGGAAUUCUUCGUCUAAUUCAACACGAAAAGAAAGUGGUGAAAAGAAUAAGGUAAAAUUCUCCGAUACUGUAACGGUAGCCGUAGUGCCGGAAAUUCCGCGAAAAGACAAGCUAAUCGAUAAAGUCCGUAAACCACCGUCGUACAAUCCGCUUAUAGCUGACCCUCGACGGGAGCUAGCCGAAAGCUUACCUCUGUGCCAUCCAAACGACGACUAUCUGAAAGAUUUUACCCCAAUGCAAGAUAUCAUCGGCAAUACUAACGAGCAGGAAAACAACGAGGAUACUAAAAAGAUUCCCAACAUCAAAGUGGUUCAUUUUGGUGUUGUUUAAUAUAGGUAUAUCGUACUUAGCUACCACGUAGUGAGAAAAAUAACUGAAAAUGUUAAAUAAUCAUUAUAUACAUUCCGUCCAGUGAAUUUUGAUCAGUAUUUUAAAUGUUAAUACUUUUUGUUAAAUAUACUACCUGUAAAUAUACAUGAAUCGUACUAUUUACCUAAACAA